AUGUCGGCAUCGUUUCGAUCACAUUUUCGAAGCACACCUAGCCAGCGAACUAGUGAAAAGGUUUCUGAAGAGCAAAGGAAGCGGGAUCGUCGAACAUCGACGGCAUUGACGCCUGCUGUCGAUGCGACCAGGAGAUCUGACCAGAAUGAGGCCGUCUUGACGAAAAGAGCCAGUCGGAGUAUCACACCUAUUGCGGGUUCUGAACAUGGCACAAGAUCAUCCUCCCGAGCUGCGACGACAGUACCAGCCAUACAACAAUCUUCAACUGCAGGUCGACGAUUAUCGGUUGCACCGCCCUCGGAAGAUGGUGGUCCCGGCUCUUCCGCCCCUUCAGGGCACCGCCACAUCUACUCUCCUCCGCCUCACAACGUACGCACGCCAUCACUCUUUUCUGGCUCUUCGGCUUCGACCUUCGACAGUCCAAGGUCUAAUGUGUUACGAAAGAAACCUUCGAUGGUUGACGGUCAAGCUAUACGGAAGCCGCUCAAUGCCGAUGGUCUUGGGCUUGAGCGAGCGACGAUGAGUAGUAGGAAUGAAAGCAGGCAUCGUGUUGCUGAUAGCAGCGUGCUGGGCAUGUUGCCACCGAGUGCAAAAUUCGAUGAUAUCAGAGGCGCGAAUAAUCGCAGCCGGAGCGAUUCGAGGAAUUUUGCCACACCUCCCUUGGCUACUCUCUAUGCCCCGUCGGCGACACCGUCGACACGAUACACGGACUCACCCUUCAGCCAUAUCCCGACCCCAAGCUCCGCGUCAACAUAUUCGCCCGCCGUCCUUGCAACCUCGGAUAUAAGCAGCACAAUGAGACCUGAAAGCCCUGCUCGGAAACGCUCGUCAUUUGGGCGCAAACAGGAUCACGGCCAGCUAGGCUUACCACCAGUCCGCGAAUCCUCCACAUCUUCAUCGAACUCCACUAUCAAGCCUGGGGCCGCUUUGACGUCUACAAAGCCGAAUGAGAUACAUCAACACUCAACGGCUGCAAGGCCUUUGGCUUCAUCAAGGACACCUUCAUAUGCUAAGCCAACAGCAAGCACAGCUGCGCGCAAAGUCACGCCACCGGUGCAAGUGCCACCCGAACUAGCACACCUGAACGUCGACACACCUCGCAAGCCUUCGUUAGACAAGCCUCUCCCGCCUCUACGUCCGAGCAGGGAUGGUACGCCCAGCCUUCCGGACAUAUAUCAGCAGAGCAGGGUUGUACAGAGCGAUCUGCCAACACUAUACACCACAUACCACAAACGUACACCAUCACAAGAGACACCAGUCAGCGCUAGCUCUCCAGGCUUUCGACAACGCUUCGGCUUGACAUCCAAGUCAUCGUCCAGGCAGCCGUCACCACGAAUUGACUCUGCUAUCUCACCUCCUCCAUCUGCCAGACUCUUUGCUCGUGGCCCGACGCCUGAUUUGCAGCAAUGGCAAGAGAAUAAAUUGCGCCGCCAAGACUCACCAGCUGUUGGUCCUGCGCCGAGUCCUAGCAAGUCACCACGAUUCGCCUUCUUAUCCCGUAAGCCGAAAGCCGACUCCAACAGAACGACGGAGAAGCCCAAACGUGAGCUGAAGAAGGGACCCGUUGCUGGCACUGGGCAUGAAGGCUAUGGCCGAUUCGGGGCACGCGGCCGUAGCGGCAGUGUAGCGAGUAGUACUGGCAUCAGAUCACCAAGUGCCGACAGCGAGGCGGUCAGCGUACCUCACGUACAUCCUCCGCGAAAGUCAAGCGUCGCCAGCAGUGGCGAUAGCUCGGAGGUGGAAGACUUCAUCCGGGAACGUCAGAAGCCCAUGGUCCUUCGUGGCAGUGGCAGCACGUACAGUGUUGCUACGUCGACUUCUGAAGUCAUGCCAGCAAGCCGACACGAUUCAUCGAACUCAUCGUCCGUGGAUAGCUACCGGCUGCAGCUAUUGCCGUCGGCCAUGCAAGGCGCUCAUGGAGGUUCUCCCGUCAAAAGACCACUUCCGCCUCGGCGUCUCCCGUCCGACAGUAGCGAGGACGAUAUGGCGGCACGGUAUCCGAGUCUUGCGACGCGACGCUCGCUCACUCGACUGCCGCCUUUCGACACCAGACAGGUGAACAUGCCUGCACCAAUCAACACAAACCUCCCUACUACUCGUCAGCCAAUGGAUAGCGAUGACACUAAAACAUCGGCGACAGACUUGCGUAGCGAUGAAAGCAUGCUAUGCGGCAAUAGGAAAUACGCAUCACCUACACCAAAGCAGAUCCCCUCUGCAGAGACGAAGCCAUCGAGAAAGUGGAACUUCUUUCAGCGCGCACAAGCUUCGCCAAGGUCGAAAGGCAAGGGUAAAGCGCUUGACCGGGACUACAAUAUGCUUGAGUCUGGCGAGCGACCAUACGACCACGUUGCACCAUAUGCUAUGCUAGACGCAGAAGAGCCGCUCGACCUCUCCGAUGUUCAAAGGAUCCUUCAGCAAGCUGAUUCUCUUGCGGAGGAAUCUGCAUCUGAGGACCACCGUGUAGUCAAAGUUGUGCCAUAUGAGCAUCGGCACUCCAGCCUGCUGCCAUCACCGCCCGGUCUGGGCAUGUCUGUGAGCGGACUCAACAUCAAGGUCAAGCCGUCGCCACCAAAGCUUAUCGUACCGCAGUCAGCCUCUCUGCCUCACAAGGUGACCUACGUGCAAUCUUUUGCGCCCAAGUCGAGCCAUGUACCGGCAGCUUCCUCGACUACAAUACCACAUCAGGAAGUCAUGUCGGAGUUCAGGAAGCCUGAGGGAUCGGAAGGUGAGACCGCACAGAUCACUCCAGAGAUGCGAGCCUCACCCUUCCUCACAUCGGACAACCCAAGUGACGACUCCCCGAGACAACCACGACUCUCACCAGUCGGACGAAUCCCGCGAGUUGUCUCAAGGCGCGACCGAGAUCGGAAGUUACCUGACGUAUCCUUCUCCAGGCCAUUUGUAAACACGCAGCCACGGCCGACUGUGAAGCCUCCAGGCGCAUUGUACAAUCAGAUUCGAGAGCUGGCCAGUCCGAUUGAGCCCAACUCUCAGCCCACUUCGAGCACCAGUGCACAGUCAGAUGGUUUGGCGGGUGACAGGAAGAGCAGCUUGAACACUGAGCCACCAAGCGUGUCGACCAACCGGACAAGCAUGGAAAUGACGCACAGCAAGGAUUUCAGCGCUUUCACGCCGCGCAAGAACUCUGACGUGUCUUACACAAAUACCAGCUCGAGCACUGCCUCCUGGAUGGCGUCCUUGGUGCGGCCAGGGCUGCAACUUGAUGACCACUGGGCGGAAUACAACGACCUUCUUGAUGACAUGCUGCCUCAAAGGACACCACUUUCGACCGGAUCGUCUCUCGGUGCGCCUUUCCAAUACUCGAGCAUGCUGUACAACACCAACAGUCCAGCACUGCCAAUACCUUUGUACUACAGUCAGCCACCAUCGACGGAGCUGCCAGCUCCGCCACGGUCUCAUACAGUCCCUGCUGUACUGAGUGUGCCCCAGCAGAUCGCACGUUUCAUGCAGCCGUCGAUGUCACCACUUGCCACUCCGCAUACAUUGUCUGAUUUAUACGAGACGUAUGGCAGUCAGUCAACGACCCAGCUGGUACCAAGCAGAGCGAGUCUACCACCGCCAUUCCGUGAGUCGGCCACCAAGCCAAACCGGACAAGCUUGCCAUCUGCACGAGCGAGUACUGGCUCUUCGACUCAUAGCCGCUUCUCCGUGCAUUCCCGUUCAGCGUCUGUGCCUGAUGCCAACAACAACAUUCGGAACUCUGUUUCCAGUCUCACUGCAAGUGCACGUUUCAAGCGUGACACACAACUGCUCGACAUUGCAGAGGACGACGGCGAUAGUCAAGUAGGGACCGCGAAUUUGCGCUUCGCAGCUCUGAUGACGAGCAAGUGGCUUUCGUUCGGCCAAGUCAUGUUCAGUCCUGCUCAGAACAUGCUUUCAAAUGCUGCCAACGAGCCAAAAGUGCUAAUCCUGGACGGCCUCGGGAGCGACUGGUCGUAUUACGUUGCUCUGACAUACCCUGGCGUUGCCGUUCACAACCUCGGGCCCGGUUGUGCUAACGGAUCGACCUCGUGGCCUGGCAUCUAUCAGAAGCCGCCGGCUAAUCACAGACACUACCCGCUCUCAAGCAUAUCGGCCGUCUUCCCAUUUCCCAAAGGCUGGUUCACGGCCGUCUCGCUUCGCUUCCCUGUAGCUGCCCCAGACAGCGCAUACCAGGCCUGUAUCUCCGAAUGCAAGCGUGUACUCAGACCAGGCGGCCAUCUCGAAGUCGUAACCCUCGACCUCGAUCUUGUGAAUAUGGGCAGCAAAGCACGAAGUCUAGUCCGUGGUCUUAAGACAAGAAUGCAGAGUCGUGACCCGGAUGUCAGUCUCCGCAACGUCAGCGAUGUCUUCGUGCGCAUGAUCGGUCGUCGUGGGUUCGAAGAAGUGCAGAGGUGUAUCGUUGGCGUACCAGCCGCCGGCCGCAUUCCAUCGAGCCGCGACAUCAGCAGUCGAGGCAGUUCUGACGAAGCCAGCAAACGCCGUGCCUCACGUGAUAAUAACAAGAACCGAAGUGAUAGUUCCGACCAGGACUUUAACUUUCAAGCCCUUCUCGAGGACGCCAGGAGCAACAAUAUCACCAAACCACACAAGAAGAGCGACGACGAGAAUAUUACGAAGAUGGUGGCUAAAGUCGGAAGAUGGUGGUACUCGACAUGCUACGAAUCUGCCAUGCCUUCCAACGAUAGAAGCAUUUGGAACGAUCAUGCUCUGCUGCGCGAGUGCGAGAAGCAGGGCACCAGCUUCCGACUACUCAUCUGUCACGCGCAGAAACCUGCCCAAGCAAGACGACGCACAGUCAGUGUGUAG